AUGCCAGGCGAUGCCCCGCUGGAGCUGACUGACGACUGCUCCCUGGCCCUGGUGUGGAAGAACAACGAGCGCCUCAAGGAGUUUGUGCUGGUGGAGUCCAAGGAGCUGGAGUGCGUGGAGGACCCGGGCUCGGCCAGCGAGGCGGCCAGGGCCGGCCACUUCACGCUGGGCCAGUGCCUCAACCUCUUCACCAAGCCGGAAGUGCUGGCGCCCGAGGAAGCGUGGUACUGCCCCAAGUGCAAGCAGCAUCGCGAGGCCUCCAAGCAGCUCAUGCUGUGGCGCCUGCCCAACGUGCUCAUCAUCCAGCUCAAGCGCUUCUCCUUCCGCAGCUUCAUCUGGAGGGACAAGAUCAACGACAUGGUGGACUUCCCAGUCCG